AUGAAAUUAAUUAUGAUCUCUAGCCCCGAUAUUAGAGAUGUAACAAAUAUAAACGGUGUUGAGUUUGUUAAUGGAAGUGUACCAGUAACAAAAUCAAUAGCAAUCACCGAUAAUACCCCGGUUAUUUAUCGUUUAUACCCACGUCGUUUUUUAAUAUUGGCUAUAUUUUGUUUAUGUUCAUUGACAAAUGGUUUUCAAUGGAUAGAAUAUGUUAUUAUACAAAACAUAAUUGUUCGUUAUUAUAAUGAAAGUUUACCAAUUGAACCACAUAAGGCGAAUGAUAUGGUUACAUGGACGUCACUAAUUUACAUGGUUACCUAUAUACCGCUGGUUUUUCCAGCUAUGUGGCUAUUAGAUCGAAAAGGAUUGAAAAUAACAUGUUCAAUAGGUGCCUUUUUAAAUGCACUCGGAGCUAUCGUAAAAUGUGCAAGUGUAAACCCAUCAAGAUGGUGGGUUACAUUUGUAGGACAAUUUAUAUGUGCUGCUGCUCAAUCAUUUACAUUGGGUAUUCCACCGUACUUGGCUGCUUCAUGGUUUGGACCAGAUUCAGUGUCGACAGUCACCGCUAUAGCCGUAUUUGGCAAUCAAGUUGGCGUCGCAUUAGGCUCGCUAAUUCCUUCAUCAUUUAUAUCUGACGUUAAUGAUUUAAAUCUAAUUGGUCAACAGCUACGCAUAUUAUAUUAUUCUGUUGCAACCGUUUGUACCAUUGUUUUUAUUGCCAUGGUCAUAUUUUUUAGACGUGUACCACCUACACCACCGAGUCGAGCGCAAGCUUAUGCAUUACAAACAGUUCAACAAAAUUAUGGUCAAGCAUUGAAACGUUUACUGAUAAAUAAAUGGUUUCUUUUAUUACUGUUAUCUUAUGGCUUGAAUACCGGUGCAUUUUACUCAGUAUCAACAUUGCUUAAUCCGAUUUAUUUGUCGUAUUUCAAAAAACAAACUGAAUCGGCGAGUCGUUAUGCAGGCAUAAUUGGUAUGCUGUUGAUUGUAGGUGGAAUAGUCGGUUCUGUGGCGGGUGGAUUUAUCUUGGACAAAACUAAAGCCUACAAUUUUUUUAUGACAGGUUACCUUCCAGUCGGAUUUGAAUACGGCGUUGAAAUAACUUAUCCAGAAAAUGAAGCUGUUUCUGGUGGUUUACUCAAUGUGGCUGCACAAGUGUGUGGUCUGUCCAUGACGAAAUUACAAGAAUAUUUAAUUUUUAAACGUGAAAAAGUCUUCAUAUCAAAUAUUGUGUUAUGUAUAGCCCUAGCCAUUGGAAGUGUACUUACUGGUCUAAUUCGAUCCCCACUACGUCGUCAACAAGCACAAAAAGAGCCAAAUGCAUUAGUCGACAAUCAAAAAGAAAUUUCUCUGUAA